UCGUUGCACCCACAAAUGGCAGAAUCCGGCUCGAGCCGCCACUACACAGACUACCUGUCCUACAAUCCGCCUUCCCGAAGCCCAACACCACCGCCAGAAUGCCCCUCCCAAUCGUACCUCACCACUUCACUAGCAUCUCCGCCUUAUCCACCACCAGAAGGCCAAUCGAAACUGCUCAUAUUUGAUCUGAAUGGAACGCUCCUGCUUCGAUCUCCUCGAAAUCAACAAGAGCGUAGAAUCUAUCUCAGACCGUAUUUGAAGACACUGGUUGCCUAUAUUUCCCAUCCAAAAACACGGAUAUGGUUGGACUGCAUGGUUUGGAGUAGCGCGCAGGCACAUAACGUGCGCGAAAUGGUCGAGCGCGUAUUUGGGGGUGGGGAGGGUGCAGGGAAAGGACCACUACUCAAGGCAGUCUGGGCGCGAGACACGCUAGGUUUAUCCAAAAAUGCUUUCUACCAGAAGACGCAAACGACUAAAGAUCUUUCCAAGCCGUGGGCAUUCUUCAAUCCAAUAAAGACACCACCGCCCACAGUUGUGGUGUACCGCGAAGACGGUGGUCGAUAUUCCCCCAGUGUUGAUGUUUAUGCUUCUACAAGUUCGCCUGCUGUGCCGCCGUCAUCGUUGCCUAUAACCCUUGAAGUGGAGGGGGAAGAGGAGGAAAUUGAGAACAAACAAUAUCCCCACAGUGCUGAAACCACGCUCCUGGUUGAUGACUCCCCGCUCAAAGCCCGUUUGCAGCCGUGGAAUCACUUAUGUGUUGCAGAAUACGACGCAGAAACGCGAAAACGGGAUCGUGCUUCUGCUGGCCUCCAACCAGACCCUCAAUCAACUGUCGAAAUAAUAGCGGAACCUGACCAAGAACAACAAGAGCCAGAAAUACUAGCAGAACAGGUGCCACUGCAGAAGGACCGCUGGAGAAAGCGUCGGAAGGAGGAACAGGCUGAUGAAAAUGGCCCGGUGUCAGAGAAAACCGAGCCAGAUCCAGGCUUUGUCGUACCCAAAGGAAUGAGUAAAAGGGCACAACGAAAAUUGCGCAAACGACUUGUGAAUGAGGCGAGGACAGGAGACUCUUCUUCUCCAGAUGAGUCUGGCCACGCUUCAAACGAACCCUCAUCUCUUUCGCAACCAUCCCCGCCAGUCGCUUCACCUGUCUCGACCAAUGGCAAAAAACGCAAACGACCAUCAGAUGAAGAAGAAGAUUCAGUCGAUGAAAAGACCAGAGAGGAAACACACGACAGUGACGAAGCUUACGACCCCACUUUGCUUGCUGUUAUCGGAGUUCUCGACCACGCUCGUACAAUUGGCAACAUCGCGGCAUGGAUAAGAGGAGGCGGACUAGGUUCAAUUGUACCAAGUGACGAUGAAACACUUUCCGACCCCAACCAAUGGUUUACUUCUCGGCGACUGUUGGAAGCUUGGGCUGCGCGAGGGCGGAAAGCGCUUUCCGAACUUGAGAUUGAGCCGAUACCGGGUGUUGAAUGA